GUCAGGUUGAUGGAGAGAAGAAGAGGAGAGAGACGUGGUGGAGAUGUAACAGACAACGGAAACAACUAUUUUAAUGUUCUUAGUUUCCCUCCAUCGUGCACUUGACUUUUCUCUACUUUGUUAACUUUUCUUUCUUAUUUCACGGCGGUUUUGCCGCUUUACGGUCAGAGUCGUGUAUCCUUGGCAACGCGAACAACUGUCCUGCGAAGUUUGGAUCAAGUGUUCCACCUUCAGCCGGAAAACAAACUGGAUAUUUACCCGCUAAACUAACGGAACUGACUCUGUGCUGCAUGAGAGCGUUUGUGGAAGUGUUUCUAACAGUUUUAUUCAUAUUUAACGCUUUCCAUUGGAAACCUACUGUUUAGGGAAACGGGGCAGCGCGAGACAAUAGUCGUGUGAGAGAGAGCUCGUGCAGGGGGGGAUCGAUGCCGCGCGGGGGCUUUGUUCUGUCCUGUGUGGUGACCCACCGCGAGCCUGCUGCGGAUAUCGACUGAUUGACCGGUGGAUUUAUGAUCGGUUGGUGACUGAUAAACGGACUCGGAACCAUGGACGUGACUCUGUCCGAGUUACUGGCCACUUUCAUGGAGUCACCGCUGGUGGUGUGGGUGCGCACCUUGGGUCCUUUGGGUUCAUGUGACGACGUAGGCUCAGAGGAGCGGGUCAACAUGUUUAUGGAGCUGGUGGACGGCGUCUUCCUGCACAAGAUCAUGACACACAUUGACCCCAGCCCAACCAAUCAAAGGCUGAACAAGAAUGUGAACAAUGAUAUGUCGCUUCGUCUUCACAACCUGAACGUUCUCACCAGACACAUCAGGACGUACUACCAGGAGAGCUUACAGCAGUUGAUAGUCAUGCCCCUUCCUAACAUCCUCUGCAUCGCCAAGGAUCCGCUGUCAGCAAAGAGCAUGGAGGAGCUGAAAAGACUUUUGUUGCUGAUAUUAGGCUGUGCUGUCCAGUGUGAGCGUAAAGAGGAGAUGAUAGAGAAGAUCAAGCUGCUGGACAUUGAGACCCAAGCUGCCAUCGUCUCUCACAUUCAGGAGGUGACCCAUAAUCAGCUGAAUGUUCUUGACCUGUCCUGGAUGGAGGAAGGAUCAGAGCUCCCACACGAAGAUCUGGAACCGCUGUCCCGCAACAUGGCUGCAUCGCUACAGCAACUGAUUGACCAGAGAGACAAAGCCAGUGAGGUGAUUGUUGAUCUGACCCAGGAGAGGGACUACCUGUCCAGUCAACAGCUGCAGGAGGGGUGCAGAAACCUGGGCCUGAGCAGCCCUGAGCGUGGGCAGAGUGCUGGAGGUGUGGGAGUGAAUAACGGUGGAUCGGCUGUGACGGUGUCUGGACUGACCAAAGAGGAGAAGCAGCAUCUGUCCGUGGAGCUCGCUGAUACCAAGGCUAAGCUCCGCAGAUACAGACAGGAACUGGAGGAGAAGACAGAGCAGCUGAUGGAUUCUAAACAUGAAGUAGAGCGACUGGAUCAGGAGUUACAGAAACAGAAACAAGAGAACCAGUCGCUGUCUUGUGAGGCUCGUUCGGUCAGAGUGUACCGGGACGAGGUGGACUCACUGAGGGAAAAAGCAGCGCGGGUCGACCGACUGGAGACUGAACUGACCAGAUGCAAAGAAAAACUCAAUGAUGUUCACUUCUACAAGACCAGAGUGGAGGAUCUUCGUGAGGACAACCUGACUCUCAUGGAGACAAAGGUGCUGUUGGAGGAGCAGCUCUCAGCCUCCAGGGGGCGUUGUGAUAAACUACACACGUUGGAGAAAGACAACUUAUUACUUCGAGCUAAAAUACAUGACCUGGAAAUGGAGAGGGACAAUGAGCGUCGGAGGUUGGAAGAGCUGGUAGAAGAGAACAUGCUGCUGGAGAUUGGACAGAAACAGAGUAUGAACGAGUCAGCUCAUCUGGGCUGGGAGCUGGAACAGCUGACCAAGAACCAUGACAACACUAACACAGAGACUCGUAAGUCGUUAGUCCAUGAGCUGAACGAGUGUGUUUCCAGUCGGGUGUUGAAGCUGGAGAAGGAGAACCGGGAGCUUCAGGCCUCUAUAGAGAGACUGAAAGAGGAGAACCACCUCAUGCAGGAGCAGCAGCUCCACACCCAGGAGCUGGACAGGGAGAACCAAAGCCUCAGCAAGAAGUUGGACCGGCUCCAGGGUUUAUUGGACCAGGAGAGACUGACCAAUCAGGACAUGGAGUCGCUGGGAGAAGAAAUAUUGAAGGAAAAGCAGAGUCUGGAGAGAGAACUGCACACUCUUAAGGCUGAGAAAGACAGACAGAUCUCAGAGCUGGAGAGUGAGAAGCAGCACCUCUCUGAUGCUGUGGCGUCUCUACAAGAGCGCGCUCAGUCAAACAGCGAGGCAAGGGUCCGUGAGGUGGAAACAGAGAACCGUCUGCUGCACCAGAACAUCACUGACACCAGCUCCCGAUUGGCCAGCUUAGAGACACAACUCAAAUUAGCCAGUGAGGAUGCAGAGAGGCUGAGGGAAAGGGCAGGGCGGUGUGAAGAGGUGGAGCGAGAGGUGGCGAGGCUGGAGAGGAGCAGGGAUGCUCUGAACAGAGAGGUGGCUUCUCUGCGUGCAUGCAGCGAGCGGUCAGAGACUCUAGAAAAGCAGGUGUCCUCCCUGGAGCAGGAGGUGCACAGGCUGAAACGGGAGGCAGAGGAGGCCCAGCGGGAGCAGCAGCGACUGGAAAAGUAUGAGGCAGAAAACAGCCUAAUGUCAAAGGAGAACCUGGACCUGCGCUGCUCCCUGGAAAACCUGCGCUCCUCAUCCGCCCGCCUGGCCACCCUCCAGGAGGAGCACAAAGAGGCACAGAGAGAGACACAGGAUCUGCAGAGGACGCUGGAAGAGGCCAGGGAGGAGGCACAAGGAGAGAGGAAGAAGGUAGAGAGGCUGGAGCUGAACUUGGCAGCUUUGAACCAGGAGAAACAUCGCUUAGAGGAGGAAAUACAGAAGAGCAAAGAGGAGAGGGAGGAGGAAGAGAGAGAGAAGCAGGAGACUCAGGCCAGAGAGGAGGAGCUGAGAAGAGAAGUGGAAGAACUGAAGGAGGAGCGGAAAAGGAGAGAGGAAGUUGAGGAGGAGAGGAGGAAGCUCCAGCUGGACUUGGAGCAGUCAGAGAAGGGCAGGAAACACCUGGAGAAGGAGAGCUGGAGGAUCAGAACCCAGCUUGAGGGUAAAGAGACAGAAUUGGAGGAGAAAGCCAGGCGAUUGGCUACAAAGCAGAAAGAGGGCGUGGCUCUGAGUAAGGAAGUUGAUAGACUGAAGGAAGUGUCAGUCAAAGCCAAGGAGUUGGAGAGGGAGAACAAGGAGCUGCAGAAACAGGCAACGAUUGACAAGAGGACUCUGGCCACUCUGAGAGAGGAGCUGGUGUCAGAGAAGCUGAGUGUUCAGCAGCAGAGUGUUGAGUUAGAGAGACUCAAUGAAGAACUGGAGAAGAUCGGACUGAACAGAGAAAAACUACUACAGCAAGAACACACACUGGAGGACAGCAGGUACAGGCUGCUGGAGUCUCGGCUUGAGGAAACUGUCCAACAGACGAUGAAGAUUAAAGAGGAGAAAAUCUCCUGUCUAGAAAAGAAACUCGAGGAGAGCAAGACACUCAACACUAAACUACGUGCUGAGCUAGCCACUGGGGAAGAAAACCACAACUCCCAGCACCACUCAGGAAGUGACAGGGGUCAAGGGUCAGCUACUGCUGAGCUUCUACGAAUGAAAGAUCAUCUCAUUGACGUGGAAAAGAAUAAUGCCUCCCUGCAGACAGAGAGCAGUCUGUUGAAGGGGCAGCUCAAACAGCUGGAGAACCAGAACUCAUCUCUUAACAACCAGAUGUUGGCAUUGCAGCGACACGUCACCACUCUGCAGGAACAGAAUUCAGGCUUACACACACAGACAGCAAAAAUACAGGUGGAGAACUCCACGCUGUCUUCCCAAAGUGCAUCUCUCAUGGCCCAGAAUGCCGUGCUGCAGGGCCAAGUCACCGCUUUGGAGUCGGAGGUAGAGUCGUGGCAGAGGCAGCGCGAGGAGGCAUGGCGGGGCAGAGAAAGCGUGCUCAGCGACCAUGAACGCCUGCUGAGCGUUCACGAGAGGCAAGCACAUGAGUACGAGCAGCUGAUCAGUCAGCACGCUGCACUGAAAGGCAAACAGAGAACGCUAGAGAGCGAACACAGGACGCUGCACAGCAAGUAUUGUAAUUUGCUGCAGCAGAAGGAGAAAUGGGAGGAGCAAGAGGGGCAUGGUCGAAAAGAGAAGGAGCAACUAAACCAGGAGAUCCAGAAGAAUCGGCUACUACAGCAAGAGAAUCUACAGCUGAAAACAGAAGUGGACAGAUUAACAGAGAGCCAAUCACAGCAGUCAGAGCAGAGUGAGGGGCUGCAGCAGCGCUUGAAUGAACUCAAGAGCUCAUUAAGCACGGCCCAGUUGGAACAGAGCCGAUGGAUGGCACGAUAUGAUUCGCUAAUGGAGCAACACCAGGGCCUGGAUCUAACUAUGACCAAACUAGACAACCACUGCGAGCUGUUGAGUCGACUGAAAGGGAACCUGGAAGAGGAGAACCACCACCUCCUGAGUCAGAUCAACCUGCUGAGUCAGCAGAACCACACACUGCUAGAGAGGAGCAUGGAGAGCAAAGAGCUGUAUCACCAGGAGCAGAAACUCUACAUUGAUAAGCUGAACGCUCUUCGUCGUCAGAAAGAGAAACUAGAGGAGAAGAUCAUGGACCAGUACAAGUUCUACGACCCCACACCGAAAAAGAGGAGUCAGUGGUCUGGGGCCAAAGCUUUAGCCAAACUGAUUAAACCCCGAAAGGAGAGCAGCAGGGAGAGAGGAGCGGACCGAGACAAGGAAGGAGCCAAAGACAGGGAACGAGCAAAGAGCGCCCCAGACAUCCCACUGCCUUCCCCACCUCCCCUCCUCCCCCCUGAAACCCCACCACCGCUUCCCCAGCGCACAGGAAGUGACACACAGGAUAGUGGCCUUAGCCACUGUAACCAUAACAACCACACCACCAGCACCAGCCUGGGACCCCGGAGUCCAGCCCUCACGCCCAUCAGCCGAGGUAUGACUGACAGGGGCCGAGGGGUUUAUCGUAGCAAUAUUCCAGGAGGCAGCAAUGAGAGUGUCAAUGGAGAGGAUGGCCAUGGACAAGGUCAGAGCUAUAAAGCUCUGAGUUCCACUCCAAGCCAUCCGUCAUCCUCUUUGGGCCUAAUUAACAACUCCAGCUCCAGAAUGGGACAAGACCCUGGCCGCAGGCAAAGAGGUCCGUUAUUUGAUGAAGACUCCCGCCACAACACCUCUGACUCUGUUUUUGGUCAACAUGGCAACACAGGAGGUCGCCCAGGGUCGGCAGACUUCAGCCACAACACUUCCAGCUCCAACUCACCUGUCAACUGCAGAGACACGUCAGAACGUCAAAUUCGCUCAGCCAGCCUCUCCAGUGAUGACGUCAUGGGUCUCAGCCAAUCACAACAGACUCUGUCACGUAGUUCCACCCUUCCAUACGACCACACACCCCAAAGAGCCCAACCACAGCGUGGAGGUGCGGUUAGGACUAAGACCCGUCCAUCUUCUCCCGGAAGUGAGAUGGUGACACUGGAAGAGUUUCUACAUGAGAGCAACCUACAGUCACCGCCUAUGGUGUCCACAGGAAGCAGGGAGGACUUGAUGACCGACUAUUUCACCAGAAGUCCCGCCCCCUCAGCUCCAGCUGGCAGAGAUCAGGUGACUCCCACCAGCUAUGUCACACCAACUGUACAGUCAUCCAACCAGAGGCCGGGCCAGAGCGUCAAGCCAUCACCUCGCCAGCCUGUAGGUCAGUCCCCAGCCUCAGGUCAGCCUGUCACCCAGAGAAGCAGCCAGUCACUGAGCAGAGCUUUCAGCCUAGCCUCAGCUGAUUUGCUGCGCUCCAACGGACCAGACAGUUUCCGUGGAAAUGAAGGCCAAUCAGACGCAGUCGUUAGGAGACAAGGAGGAGGGGCCAGUGGGAGAGAACGGCCGCUGUCAGCUCGGCUGGCGGGUCCGACCAAUCAGCAUGGAGAUAGCAGCUUUCUAAAUCCGCCUAUUCACCAUUCGUCCUCUCUCAAUCUGCAAACGGAGAGAUACGCAGAGAGAGAAAGAGACAGAGGGAGGACUCCCGUCUCUCGGAACGGCCCCACUGCUUCCUCCUCCUACCACCACCGUGGAGAGGUCGCCAUGGUAACCCCUGUCAGGGCCGUGCCUGCCCCACGACCUGAUGAAGCCUCAGAGCAUGGGGAAGUGUUAAGGGAGGGGCGGUCAGGUGACUCCUCCCACUUAAAGAAAGAAAGUGACAGAGCGAGGUGUGGGUCUGUGGAACGCCCGAAAAGCACUCCUGCUUCCCCUGACCCCAACAACGACCCUCAGACUGUGUGGUAUGAGUACGGCUGUGUCUAAACACUGACAUUAAUGAACGUCUAUGGGUGUGGCUGUGACUAAAGACGGGAAUACUGGAGCUUUACGGGCUGAGUCCAAACCCUCAGACACAAGUAAUCAGUCUCUGGACUGUGCUCUUUGUACUGUGGAUAAAUGUUAUGACUCUUGAAGUGUACGGUUAAGCUUUGCUCAUACACAACAUCAACUGGAAACAAGACUAAAUCCUGGAAAGCAAAGCCACAUUUUAAACAAAUCUCUACAUGAAAGAGUUCAGUUUGUCUUUUCGGGAACAAACUUUUUUUAGACAAGUAACCAAACCUGAUACCAUACACGUCACCUGCCAAUACAGCUGAUUAAAACAGUCUAUCAGGAAGCUUCUUAAAGUGAAACAGCUGCACACAAACAAUCACAUCACAUCUUAAAUACUGGAUCUAUAGAGUCAGUGUCCUUUUGGCAUUUUUCAUCUCAAGCUGAAUCUCUCUCAAGAGGAUGGGAUAUAGAUUUGAGCUCAAUCAUUGAUUGCUUUUUUUAAGGAUUUAGACGUGGACAUCACAACACUAGAUGGUCUCUAAGAAUGCUGGAAAUCAUUGGUCUCUGCUGUUUUAUUAUCACCGUGUUUACUGUGAUCCAGCAAAAAUCCAGGGCCCACAGGAUGUUUUUUUUUGUUCUGGGGCAAAGGAGCCACCAAAAGAGAUUUUUUAAAAAGGUGUUGUAAUUACUCGCUGUUUUAAAAAUUAACAGUGGAUAUUUUAACCAGAUGAUGAUUCAGAUUUUUUUUAAGAGUGCUAAUUUUAACAAAUACAGAAAUGGAGAUGGGAGCUGAGAUGUCUAAAGUUCGAGAAUCCCUAACACUUAAAGCCUGCAGGAACAGAGGACAAGUGCUACAUGCAUAGUUGUGGACCGAAAUACUAAGAAUGGGCUUAGUCUAUGAGCUGGAACUCUUUGACUACUGACUGACACGCUGUCCGGUCCUGCUAAUGUUUACCUGGAUGCUACCAACUCAGCAGAACUGUACGGCAGGAAUUAGCCGGCACCAAGAUGAGUGAUUGAACUAAAGUGAAGGCAACCAGAAGCACCAGAGCGACUGAAUGUAUCAGAUUUCUCCCCCUUUUUUGUCCUCUUCCUUUUCCUUCAUUAUCUAGAUCAAACACUGGGAAAGACCAGUGAGAGAAAGGAAGGAAAUGGAGGAAUGUAAGCAAAGAGAGUUGAGGCAAGUGAAGGAGAAAUGAAGUGAAGAGAUAGAGGGUGAGAGUAAAUUGAGGGAUGCUGGGAUAGAGAGCAGUGGACAGAUAUAGAGAUGGACAGAGUGACGGGAGGACGCAUAGAUAAACAGGACAGAGAUGGUGGUGCUCCUCCCAGUUAAAUUACAGUCUUUCUCCCUCCAUCUUUAGAUUCUGUCCCAGCAUGCAACACUCUGAUACUUUACUGGAAAUGUUGCUCGGCCUGAGCCAACACUAGUUUCACAAACACACACCCAUACGCAUUCGUACACACACAUAAUGAUAUAUACAGACACAGAGGAAUUGUCCUUGAGGGGUUGGUUGUGGCUUCGCUGACCAUUGAGCUGGACGUAAUUCACACACAUGCACACACACACACCACUGGGUAAACCACUGUGUUUUGGUUGGGUGUACUGCUGCACGCUAAGUUAGCGAGACAGUUGUAAGCACUGCACAACAGAGAGGAAGAGAGAGAGAGAGAUUCAGACUGAAUCCAGACCCACUGUAAUCUGGAUGGUAGAAUAUGUAUGUCAUGAAUCAGCUUUGUUUUAUAAUGCACGAAUGCACCAAGUGUUUGACAAUUUCCUCUGUUGGUAAAGAUGACUUUGUUCUCAUUACACAAUGGGUCCAAGUGGCUCUGGUGAAUCUCUGACUUUGGUGCACCAUGCUCACAUUUUACACCAGCAUACACACCGUUAUGUUGGUCAACACGUCAUGUAUCAUUUGUUCUACUCAUAUUCAAUAGAGUAUCCAAAAUCAGAAAAAUGAAAAACAAUGUUAUUUCCUUAUUCAUUCAUAAAUUUUUGUUUAUCUUGUUUUUGUACUUGAAAUUUUAUGCUUAAGUCAUAAAUAGUUAAUGCAAAUACAGGCCAUGGAGCAAAUUUGAACAUGAUCAUUAAUACAAUUGUGCAAUUCCUGAAAAAGUCUUAAAAUGUCUUACAUUUAGUUAUAUGAAUAUUAGACCUUUAUAGUCAUGAAAUUACUUUAUACUUGCACUUAUCUGUUGACACAAUAUUGAUUAACCUAACUCACUUUUAUAACCAUAUUCCUACAUAAACCUUAAAUCUGCACGGGAUCACAUUUAUACUGUUCACCUUUAUACUUACCUGCAGUACUUGAAUAAGAAAGAUGAUUUGCCCAAAAAUCAGUCUUAAAUUUGAUAAGAAUUAUCUUCAAAAGGUCUUAAAAGGCAUUAAAUGUAAAUUUCUGAUACCUGUAGACACCCUGAUUUAAUGUGUUUGAUCUGUGUGAACAGGAAGUCCUCGACUUUUUUUGUGUCUUGUAUUUGAUAAACAUGUAGCAAAUAGAAAACGGGUUAAAGUUGCUGCCUACAGUCUAACUCGCUGUAUCCAUGGUGAUGUUAUACGUCCUGCUGCUAUUAACGUGACAUUUUCCAAAAUACUUUGUUGGAAGAAAAGAACACUUACGUUGAUGUUCAAACUCUGUUCAGUACAUUAAAUCAGGUGGCACCAUCGCCCAAGUGUAUUUGCUACAAAGUAAUGCCACUGUCGCAAAUAAUUUUCAAGGUCGGAAUAAAAUCAUGAGAUUUACCUCAGUUGGUGCGCACUCCCAUGGUGUCAAUUGUUUGGUGUAAGGCGGUCAUAAAACUCAGUCCAAGCUGUCUUAAAUCCAUCUUUUUUUCAUCUUGAUGUUAUUACAAGUCUUUAGUCUUAGGUCGUGUAAAUACUGCAGUUCAAUGAUGUGAACAUUGUCAACAACCCAUAGCUGUGCUCUCUACAGCACCAAACAAGAAGCAGCAAAUGGGGUCAACAGUAGUAAUGGAGGGGACUCUGAGGAGGCGCAAGAAUGCGAACAGGUCUUGGUUCUCUUGUUCUGUGGAAAAGGAGGAGAAAUGGAGUUGUUGAGUAAACAACAGUCAGUGUUAAAUGUGCGUGUAUCUGAUCCACCAACCAGCACUUAGUUAAGUGAGAAAUCUAUCUAUUUUGAUGCUGAAUUUACAAGAAUACUGUCGAGAUAUGAGGACUUUUAUCUUGUGUAUCCAGAAUUAUGCGUUUUAAAGAAGAAGCAGGCCAUCCUUUGUUAGUAUCUUAAGGGGAAAUUUGUGGACAUGUAAGAAAUGGUAAAUAUGGCAUAUUUUUUAAAGGGAGUUUAGAGUAAUAUUUCCCACCAGGUGCAGGAUGGGAAAUAAUCUCAAGAGGAAUCUAGUUGUAGUCUUGCAAAUAGUGACCCUGUAAAACCCACAGUCUUAGUAAAAUCCUACAAUGUGAGACUAAAAGCUCACUUUUUCUUUAGCUGUCAGAGGCUGUCAGACUUUAGUGUUUUUAUAUUCUUUGCAAAGACCUGGUCACACAUAUCAGACAUAAUGGAUCAUAGUCAAUUUUUUCAUUUCCUAUUUUUGACUCAAGCAUAAAGUCGAAGUACAAAAAAAACAAGCUGUCAUGAGGGUUUUUUUUAUUUAUUCAUUAAUGACUAGCAUAACAUUGUCUUUACAUUUUCUGAUUUUGGAUUCCAUUUUGAAUAUGAAAAGAAGGAAUGAUAAACAGAUUGGUCACACAGCAGGUUGAUGUUCUCUCACUUUAGUAACAACAGUAAUCUUAUAGUGUCUGCGUUUACAUGACAGUAGAGCAAACCAAUUUAUUUUUAGUCCAACUAAAACAGGAUUUUUCAAAAACAUGUUAGUCCAACUGAAAUUGGACCAAAUCAGAUUUCUCAUAAUGAGUAACACACCCAGAAAAUGCCAUUGGGAGUCGAAUUACUCCCGCAUGUAUACAGUUAGGCGGACCCAAACUGGCCCAGGUGCUCUGUGCAUGCUCCACAGUUUUGGCCUCUGGCCAUGACCUGGAAGUCAAAUAGCAUUAAAUACAUAACAGAAGAAGAAGCCAGUAACAACAUGGCGAAAUCUACAUCCAGAGCUGUGCAUUUUUGGACGGACUAAAUGUACAGAGCUGUAAAGUUGUCCACCAUGGUACCAGUUUGCCGCUAGCUAACCGUAGCUUACCAGUUGUUUGGUCUGUGACGUAAUAGGUCAGCUGGAGAAAGGUCCAGUACUAACAAGCUGACAGGGGGCGUAUCGCCACCUACCGUAGUGGAGUCCCAUGCUUGUAUAUUGGGACAAGGACAGUAGUCCAGUUAAAUGGCCAAGUAGAGCUAUAACUGUAGCUCAUGGUGCCACAUUUAACCGAAAUGUGUCUGAAACACACACACACACACACACAGGGGCACACAUAAGAGAAUUGAGUUAAGACUGAGAAUCACGCAUCAUCUCACACUACAUGACCUCAGUACUGGAUUGUUUUUAUAUCUUACCACUCAUCUUCCUGUCUGAAACUUGAAACACAAAAGGAAGACGCACACAAAGUUGAGGUUUUACUGGAGACACACGUAUGGUUUCACGUAUGGUUUCUGGUGAUGACUGUUGGGGGGAUUUUGAAAUACUUGGUGUAUUAUUAGAGGGCACUGAACAGAGGGAAGAGGAGGAUGAAGAGGUGGGAGAAAUGAAUUGAAGUAUGCCUUGGAGAGAGAUGAUGAUGAUAAUGGGAGACAAAAAAUGAAUCUCAUGCUGAUUAUGCUGAUGAACUGACCUUUUGUCUGUACUGCUGUCUGUAAAUACAAACCUGUCCCUCCUGCAUUAUUAACAACUGACAGUAAAGACAUUCCUAAAAGCACUAGAAUGAUGAUGAUGAGGAGGAAGAAGAUGUAACACUGGAGUUAAGGAAAAUGAAGAUUUGACUGGAAUCCAUCACUAACCUUACUGCUCACCUUCUGAACAAAAAGCACAUGUCAAUAUGCAAAGAGCUAAAUUAUUUUACCUGUAACAUUUGUACAUGAUAUUAGAUUUUAUAAACUGGGCAGAUGUGAGACUGGGGAUACUUUUUGUAAAAUUGUCUGGAGCUUCACUUUGAAAAUGUUUGAUACCAAAAAACAAAUCCAUAUUAAUUCCUGUAAACUGGUAAAAAAAAAUGUGGUCCCAAGAUUUGUAGAUUUUUAAAAAAAAAAAUAAAAAUGCUAGUAGUGAGAAGAUGUUAGCAGAUGAAGUAACAUGAUAUUACUCACUGUAGACUGCAGGCUGAUGCUGUCGAUGGUGCUGCAACCUGUCUGCCUGUUGUGGGGUUGGUGUGUGUUGCCUUGUUUGUGCUGCACUUAAAGCAUCUCUGCAUUAUUAGUUUCCAAAGCCUCUCAGGCCAUUUCUGUGUGUGUGUGUGUGUGUGUGUGUGUGUGUGUGUGUGUGUGUGUGUGUGUGUGUGUGUGUGUCAGUCAAUUUCAGUUUGCUGACGUCAAUAGAAAACCAUAUUGAACCCAGAGAAACAAUAUUUCUUUAGAGGAAAUAACACCAUCACACACUUGUGUUUCGCAUUAUCAGUUAUUGGCUUUGUGAAAAGUGUGUGUUCUUGUGUGUCUACUUGUCUCUGUGCCCGCUUUGCUGGAGACCAAUCUGUCCACCUGUCCUACGGAUCCAUUAUACACCAGUUUGGGUGAGAUUGUUUGUAUUGGUCUGCUUAACCUGCUUAAAACAACACCAAAAUCCUCAGCUUGACUCUGGUGCUUCCCGCUCAGGGGACCAACAGGCUGAUUUCCUGAACUCUUGGUGUUCUCUGUGUGCAGGUCUCAGCACCAGACGAUUAAAAAGGACACCAAAUCGCUGCAGGACGUUGCAGCGCCACAUGAGGGAAGUGAAAGCAGAAGAUGAAAUAGAGCUGACGUCACUGACAUUUCCUGCUGCAACUGGAAUAACUUUAGUUCACUUUAUGAGCAUCGCUGACUGCUAUGCUGUGGUGUGACUACUGUAAUAAGGCUACUAGUGUGAUUCAGUAGAAACUGAGAUUGAUAUUAUUUCACCCAAAAGCUUUUUGGUAAUAAAGAUUUAUAAACUUCAA